CAUUUCUUCAUCCUCAUUCAUCAAAGUGGUAAGAGAUGGACUUGUUGUGGAUCUUCAUUGUUCUACUUUCCAUAACAUGGCUAAUUUCAAUGAUAUCAAAAACAAGAACAAUCGCCAAGCUCCCUCCCGGCCCAAAGCCAUUGCCUCUCAUUGGAAACCUUCUAGCUCUUGGCGAUCAACCCCACAAAUCUCUAGCCAAUCUCGCCAAAUCCUACGGCCCCAUCAUGACCUUAAAACUCGGCCAAGUCACCACCGUCGUCAUCUCCUCCUCCGCCAUGGCCAAACAAGUCCUCCAAACCCACGACCAAUUUCUCUCCUCCAGAACCGUCCCCGACUCCAUGACCACUCACAACCACGAUCUUUUCGGCCUCCCGUGGAUGCCCGUUUCACCUCUCUGGCGAAACCUCAGACGAGUUUGCAACACCCAGUUGCUCGCCCCCCGGAUUCUCGACGCCAACGAGAACCUCCGACGAGGCCAAGUGGAAGAGCUGGUGACAGAGAUAUCUAGAUGUGCUUUGAAAGGUGAUGAGGCAGUGGACUUUGGAAAAGUGGCGUUUGUGACUACGGUGAAUUUGCUUUGGAAUACCAUUUUUUCGGAGGAUUUUGUGGACCCAAAUUCGAAAAUUGGGAGAGAGUUUAAAGUGGCUGUAAGAGGGAUUAUGGAAGAAGCUGUGAAACCGAAUUUUGGAGAUUAUUUUCCAUUGUUGAAGAGAUUUGAUGUGCAGGGAAUUAAGAAGAGACAGAGUGUUUAUUUUGAUAGGAUUUUUGAUGUGUUGGAGCAGAUAAUUGAUGAACGGAUUGAUGAACAGAAAAAAAGUUUCGGUUCUAAUAAGAUUAAACACGAUUUCUUGCAUUAUCUUCUCAACCUUGGUGAUGAAAAUAGCGAUAUCAAGUUGGGGAGGGAUGAGUUCAAACACUUAUUAGCGGUACUAUUCAUUGCUGGAACCGACACAAGUUCUGCAACAUUCCAAUGGGCAAUGGCGGAGCUAUUAAAAAACCCACAAAAGCUAUCAAAAGCUCAACAAGAAAUCCGAAGUGUAAUAGGAAAAGGAAACCCAAUUAAAGAAUCAGACAUUUCAAGGCUACCUUAUUUACAAGCAGUGAUUAAAGAAACUUUGAGAUUGCAUUCCCCUCCUUUUCUUCUACCUCGUAAAGCAUUAGAAGACGUCGAAAUUUCAGGUUUCACAAUCCCAAAAGACGCUCAAGUGCUGGUAAAUUUAUGGGCGAUGGGUCGAGAUUCGAACGCAUGGAAAAAUCCGGAAGUAUUCGAGCCAGAGAGGUUCUUGGAGAUGGAAAUUGAUAUUAAAGGCAGAAAUUUUGAGUUGGUUCCAUUCGGUGCUGGAAGAAGGAUUUGCCCUGGGUUGUCAUUGGCUAUGAGAAUGUUGCCUUUGAUGUUGGGUUCGGUUCUUCAUUUCUUUGAUUGGAAGCUUGAAGAUGGUUGUGGACCUGAUGAUUUGAAUAUGGAUGAAAAGUAUGGAAUCACUCUUGAAAUGGCUUCUCCUUUGAGAGCUUUCCCACUUCUUGUCUAGUUUUAUAUAUAUUAUUUUCAAUAUAAACUAGUUUUAUGUUUUCCUUUAUGGAUGUUGAUUCUCAAAAAUAAAUGUGCAUGAAGCCCCAAUUGAUGGUCAA